CAUUCUUCACACCCAUCGGAGGGCGGCGCGCGGCGCGGAGGGACGUCGAGACUGGCGCCAGUCCGACUCGGCGCCACCGCGACCAUCCAUCCAUCCGUCCGUCCGACCAGGCCGAUCUCGUCUUCCCAUCUCUCUCCAACAGAAGCGGCAAUCCGAUACCUCCGUCUUCGUUCGUGCAGCUCGAGAGGCCAAACAUUUGCCACCAACAAACAACAAGAACACAACGCGCUCAGACGCCGUCGCGACAGCAUCCCCGAAAUAACUUUCAACUCGCAUCAUAAAAGUCCGGACGGCCCUUCUUCUUGUUCGCUGCACCCGCAUCUACUACAACUACUACUACCUAGUAUCUAGUGGACAACAUCCCUGUCUGCAUCGAGUGGUGCCAAUCGGUUAUUGUGUAAUUGUUUGUUCUUGUGACUGUUAUUGUUGGUUUUAUUUUUAUUGUUUUAUUGGGUGAUUGUUGAAGUCAAGGAGCUAGCAAUUCCUACAAAAACGGAUUAUGACGAAUGGAAAUCUAAGAUCUAUUUUCAUUAAAGGAAAAGGAAUGGAAAGAACGACCCCGACGCCAGACAUGUACAUUAUGUCAUCAAGUCCGCACUCGCCUACCGACAGCAGCGAGGAUUCGGUGGAAGUCAAGGUCGAAGCGAUACUGGCGCGCUCCAAGAGGAAGUCCAACGAGCCGCGGAAGAUCAGCGAGUGCGGUCCGCUGAAGAAGCGCAUCUGCUUGAGGAACAGCGAGGAAGAUGCGGCCACCGUCGUUACCCCGUUCAGACCAUGGAACACGCAGCCUGCGGUCCACCAGUACUUCAGGCCGCCGUCGCCGAUGCCUCAACCGGUGGACCUGAAGAAGGUCCCGUGCGAACCAUCACCAUCUGUUUCACUCGAAGAUGCGCAGCCUCGAGUUCCCAUCCAUCCGGACCCUAUGGACGCCGUCCAAGAAAUGGAGAACGUCCUCUCCACCUCGAUGGACAACUUCCCCAAGCUUCGGAAGGAGCAGAGGAACUACAAGAAUAUGACGCGAGAGCGUCGCAUCGAAGCGAACGCACGGGAACGUACCAGGGUGCACACCAUCAGCGCCGCCUUCGAUACCCUCCGACGAUCCGUACCCGCCUACUCUCAUUCCCAGAAGCUCUCCAAGCUGAGCGUCCUCAGGAUCGCGUGCAGCUACAUCGAAAGCCUCGCGAACAUCCUCGAUGACUCACCGGAGACGUCGACCAGCAUCCAGGCCGUCACCAACACGAUACAGCGCGAAGGGAAAAUCCGCAAAAAGAAAGACGACGACUGAACAAGUGCGCUGCUGCCUAGCAACAAACAAUCACAAAAAGUGCCAAAAACUUUAAAGCAAAAAAAAACUGCCCGUUUCAUAAUCAAAUUUUAACUAAAUUCUCCCAAACAAACACAUUAAUUCGCCCAAAAAACUAUACAAGCUUUAAAACUCUAUAAUAUUUAAAUUCAAAUUUUUAAAAUUGAACUAUUUUGUAAUGAAUGUAAUUCAUUGA